GCAAGCAGAAGCUACCCAUCCCGCUGCCGAGUAAAGCAAACAAUAACCGAGCAUCGGCUGCAUUACGGCGGCCUCCCCACGCCCUCCAUGAACAGCAUGUAAACAAUGCAUGCAUAAGCUGUCACCGGAGCGGGGGGAUCGGACGGUACUGAGCUGUCCGGGCGCCCGGUGGGUGAUCUCGCAGGUGGAGUGGGGCCUGAAGGGGUUGACGGGUGGCAACGAGCCGAGGAUGGAUUUCCAGCAGCUGGCAGACGUGGCCGACAAAUGGUGUUCCAACACCCCCUUCGACCUGAUCGCCACCGAGGAGACCGAACGGAGGAUGGAUUUCUACGCCGAUCCCGGCGUGUCUUUCUACGUGCUGUGUCCUGACAACGGCUGCGGGGACAGUUUUCAUGUAUGGAGUGAAAGCGAAGACUGCCUUCCUUUCCUGCAGCUAGCUCAGGACUACAUAUCCUCAUGUGGUAAGAAGACACUUCAUGAAGUACUGGAAAAGGUCUUCAAGUCAUUCAGGCCUCUACUUGGUCUCCCAGAUGUGGACGACGACACUUUUGAAGAAUACAAUGCGGAUGUGGAAGAAGAGGAGCCUGAGGCAGAUCAUCAGCAGAUGGGUGUCAGUCAGCAGUAGAGCACUUAGGAUGUUCCCUGCAGAGGAAAAACAAAUCAAACCAACCCAACAUAACAUAAUAGUAAACACAUUUUAGAAAAAAUAA